AAAGCUAUUUACUGGGCCUCGUGUUUUCCGGAAUGUUGCACCUGCGCACUAACGUAAACUCAACACGUGGUUUCAGUUCUAGACAUUUCCGAGGUCAGGAAGAGAAAAGCUCUGCUGCAGAUUCAACAUGGCCUCUGCUUUGAAGCGAUUCUUGCCUCUGUUUGACCGAGUCCUGGUGGAAAGGUUUGCUCCAGAACUGAAAACAAAGGGAGGGAUCAUGCUGCCCGAGAAAUCGCAAGGGAAGGUGCUACAGGCCACGGUGGUCGCGACAGGAAAUGGGGCCAGGGACCAGCAAGGGAACAUCGUGCCCAUCAGUGUCAAGGUCGGCGACCAAGUUCUACUACCAGAGUACGGCGGCACCAAAGUCAUCCUGGACGAAAAAGAGUACUUUUUAUUUCGGGAUGGAGACAUCUUGGGAAAAUUUGAUUCAUAGAAACAUUUUAUAUUAACAUUGAGUAUAUCUGAAAAAGAUGUGAGGGAAAAUUUAAUUCAGACAAACAAUAUGAUGUUGUGUGUUGACCAUGCUGAAUUCGAAAGAAAGGAGACAACUCGUCUACAAUAAUAUGUGAACUGAGACUGUUCUUCUAAAGAAACCUUCAUCUUUAGAGAUUGAUCACAAAUCAGUGUUUAUUGUAGGUGAAAAAAAAAGAUUUCAUGAUUUGAAAUUGAAUGUUUUUAUUUUUACUGCAAACUUCAUAAAUCUCAUAAGCCAUGUUUGUUGUGAAUGUGUAUACUGUGAUUUCAUAUGAGAUGAUACAAAAUAAUGAAACUAGAUAA